AACCCGACCACAGACCAACGCGCCUAGUCUAUUCUUCAUUGUCCCUGCCCUGCAGCCUGCAUAUCAUAUCCCAGUCCUACAUAGCAGCCGUGCGACCAUCGCAUUCCCAUCUCCACGCUGGAUCCGUCAAAGAAUAGGCCAGAUUCCGCCUCGCCGGUCGUGGUGGGCUUCCAUCACCGACGUCGAUCGUCCGCCAGCAUACCUCCGCUCCGCCUAGUCAAAGACAACGCAUCGGCCUCCUCGCCCGCCGCCUCGCGAACUGAGGCCAGCAGGUCUCACGGCAGCACCUCUGGCCUCCCUGCCGGACAGCUGGCUCACCCAACAACGACUCUCGCUCCUAUCCCCGGAACGCCCGCCGACCCUUCGGCGUCGCCAAUGUCCUUGUCGCGAUCCCCUUCUCCUUUACCCGGAGGAGGGUGGUCGAGCCCGGGACUGACGCCUGGCAGCGGCUCUUCGUCGCCGCGCUAUUCUCCUCGUCCUUAUACCUCGCAACAUAAUAAUCGACCUCCAAGUCCCGGCGGUGUGUCAUGGGCCACUGCCAAAGCAAAGAGCGACCAAGUGCGCAGUUAUCCUUCCUUUUCAACUCGAAACUCGGGCUUCUUCUCCCGCCAGAAACGCAAGAUAUCCGCUAGCUUACCCAGGUUCACACUUACGCGCGACUACAGAGAACAAGAGAAACUGAACAGAGGGCGAUCAUGGGAGUCCGGCGAGAAUACAUUUAAGGGUCGUUUGUUCUCAGUCAUAAAGCAUUCCUUGCAUAAGAGGAGGUUUAAAAUAUCACUUUUUGCGAUUUUGGGGCUUAUUCUAUACUUAAGUUUCUGGUCAGCAAUUGUCGAAUCAUAUCGAGCGUCCGCUUUCGGAGGAGGCCAAAAAGUCGUCAUGCUGGUCGCUUCAAAUGUGGAGGGAGGUGUGAUGGAAUGGAAAGGCGCUCGGGAGUGGGCAAUCGAGCGAGUGAGUCUUCGAAAUAAACGAAAAUAUGCGCAACGAUGGGGGCACAAUGUAGAGGUUCUAGACAUGGUCGCAAAGAAGCGUUAUGCGCACGAGUGGCGCGAGGGCUGGGAAAAGGUCGACUUCAUACGGAACGCUAUGAAGAAAUACCCCAAUGCGGAGUGGUUUUGGUGGCUGGAUCUAAAUACCUUUAUCAUGGAAUACUCUUAUUCACUGGACAACCAUAUUCUUAAAUACCUGGGCCCGUACACAUACCGCGACAUCAACUACUACAACCCCUUGAACAUCACGCACCCCCUCACUGAUAUAUAUCUCGACUCUGUCACCCGCUCUCCCACCGGAGACUCGAAUCCCUCGUCAAUCAACCUUGUCCUGCCACAAGAUUGCGGUGGUUUCAGCCUGGGAUCAUUCCUAAUUCGCCGAUCAGACUGGACCGACCGUCUUCUCGACGUCUGGUGGGACCCAGUUCUGUACGAACAAAAACACAUGGAAUGGGAACACAAAGAACAGGACGCUUUUGAAUAUUUGUAUACGAACCAACCAUGGAUUCGACCGAACACGGCGUUCGUUCCACAGCGACGAAUGAAUUCUUUCCCGCCAGGCGCGUGCGGCAACGGUAGCGAUCUCGGCAUACACUACCAAGAAUCACAACGAGAUUUCCUUGUCAACCUGGCCGAUUGCAAUAUGCGGGACUGUUGGACUGAAAUAUAUGGGUAUAGAGAAUUGAGUAACUGGCUCAAUCGGAACCCCUGGGAGAUUCUCAAGGACUCGGUCACCGAUUUCUUCCGACGGUUGCGAGGGAAGACGACCUUGCAUGAGGAACAUCACAUGAUUCUUGAUGUAAAGGAGUCUGCUUGAACCCUCGCCUUCGAUUCUUGACGACAAAUAUUGACGUUAAUACUACUAGUUUUCCAAUCUUUUCUCUUCUCUAUUUACCCUUUUUUCUCAUUUUAUUUUUCCUUCUACAUGACUACAUUAUGUAUAUCUAACUUG